AUGAGUCAGAUUAACCAAGACAUCACGGACGCAGCAUUGACCGUAGGCAGCAAGAAGGAAACUAAAAUGAAGCAAGAAGGAGAAGUAGCUUGCCAGGAACAUGUUAAAAGACGGCGAAGACGAAAUAUAAGGAAAGAAAUGACCAGUGAUACCGGUAAUAAUUUGGCUCUAAAGCAAGAUAAACUGGAAAGAAAAAACGCAAAUCGUGAACAGGGAGAAAAGCGGAGAGAACAAACAAAGAAUAACGGAAAAGAACAAAACCGACGAUAUGGUAUGGUGGUUGAAGAUAUAUACAUUGAUUUAGAGGACAUUGUCGACGAUAUUAAACAAGGAAAGCUCUCAUUAGAGGCGCUACCGAAAAUGGGACUAUUUCCAUUGCACGAGGCAGCCGCUCGAGGACUCACAAAAUGCGCUGAGAGUCUCAUCGAACUUGGACUUCAGUUAACCAACGAGACUCCUGAUGGAUUCACGCCACUGGAGGUGGCUGUUAUGGCGGGAAAUUUUGACGCUGCAGCUCUGUUGAUUCAAUAUGGAGCUCCUAUUGACCGCAUUCGUGAUGGGAUCCCACAGUUUGCAAGAUGA